AUGUCCGCGACUCAAAAAGUACAGCAACACCCGGCCUUCAUCCAGGCCCAGGACAAGGCGAACUACUACGUCAACCAGCUCGACAAGGAGCUCUCCAAGUACCCGCUCCUGAACACGUUCGAGCAGCGCACGCAGGUCCCGAAGAGCUACGCCUUCCUCGGCGUCGUCAUCCUCGUCGUCAUCCUCCACAGCGUCAACGCGUUCGCCUCGCCCGUCUCGAACCUCGUCGGCUGGGCGCUCCCCGCCUUCCUCUCUGUCCGGGCGCUCGAGAGCCCCGGCAACCAGGACGACGUGCAGUGGCUCACGUACUGGAUCGUCUUCGGCUUCUUCAACUUCCUCGAGAGCUUCGCCCUCCGCGUCGUCCUCUACUACUUCCCCUGGUACUUCGCCUUCAAGAGCACGUUCAUCCUCUGGCUCCAGCUCCCCCAGUUCCGCGGUGCGCAAACGCUCUACGGCACCGUCGUCCGGCCGAUCUUCGUGAACGCCCACGGCAAGGCCAGCUCGCUCGCGCCCACCCAGCACGAGCCGACGGUCACCGCCGACGGCCUGCGCGAGCGCGUCGCGUCCUCGGAGUAA